UUUUUAAUGGUGUGGAAAUUACGGAUAGAACUCUUAAAAAGUUGAUAGAUGGACAGGAAGUUGGAAUUAAAUAACCCUUGAAGAUGUUGGUGGAUAUUACUCUAUUGUUGGAAAGAAAGAAGGUUUAUGGAAGGAGUUAAGCCAAAAUUAUUAAGGGUUCUCAAAAUAUUAAAAUAUUUAUAUUAGGAAUGAUGUUCAAAUCUAUGAAGUUGGAAAAUACAUCAAUAAUCAGAGAAGAGGAACAUGAAAGUUUAUAUAUGAUAAUAAAUAAAUGUAUUUUUGAAUCAAUUAUAUUUUAGAGGAGGAGGAAAUUAUAAUAAUCAAGGUAAAAAAAAUGGAAGAUGGAUUGAAUUAAGUUAAAACUUUUAAAAGUAGAAGAUAUUUUUAUAGUUAUUUUUUAGCAUAAGUCUUAUUAUUUAUAAAGGCGAAUAUAUUAAUGGUAAGAAAUAUGGUAUCUGGGAUAUUUUGUAUAAAAGGAAUGCAAAUAAGUCAUUUAAAUUAAUGUAACAAAAGAAUUAUAAUUAAUUUAAUUAUUAUGAAAAUUUAGAGCUUUUGGAUUUUAUGAUCAAUAGAAUAAUUUUAUAGAUUCAAUUAAAAUAGGAAGAUGGAUAGAACCAGAUGACGGAUUUUGGAAGUAAAUUUAUUGAUUAAAUAUUUAUUAUUUAGUUUGAGUUAAGUUAUCAAUAUUGGUGAGUAUAAAUAUGGUAAAAAAGUUGGUCUUUGGGAUAUAAAGUACAGGAUAUCUGAUAAUUAAUCUUUUUAAAUAAUGUAAACCAUUAUUUCAUAGUUUAAUCUAUUUUAGUGGAGGAGGAUACUAUAAAUAGUUAGAAGAUAAUUCUGUUUUAGGUUCAUUUAAGAAUGGACAAUGGAUUGAAUUAACUGAUGGAUUUUGGAGGUAUUGAAUCAUUGUUUUUAAUUAGAGAUAAAUAAGUGACAUAUUAUGGUGAAUAUUUAAAUGGUUACAAAGUUGGUAAAUGGGAUAUAUAUUAUAAUAAUUAAGAAACUGAGUAAAAUGAAUAUAUGUAAGAAAAUAUUUCAUUUAAAUNAUAUAAUAAACUGAAUUAGAAGAUUAAUAGCAUAGGGAAAUUGAAUAAAUUGAAUGUACAAUAUGGGAUUCUCUUAACUAUAAAUUUAAAAAGAUCACAAUCCUAAUUAAAUUUAAUGAAGAAAAAGAGGUAAGUUACAUAUAAAAUGGAUAGAUUAUAAGAAUGUAUAUUUUUAUUUAAUAUCAAGUGAAUAAGUAAAGGAUUAAUUGUAAAUGAGUGAAAUAUUAAUUAAUUUAGAAUAGAUUAAAUAUUUUUAAUGGUGUGGAAAUUACGGAUAGAACUCUUAAAAAGUUGAUAGAUGGACAGGAAGUUGGAAUUAAAUAACCCUUGAAGAUGUUGGUGGAUAUUACUCUAUUGUUGGAAAGAAAGAAGGUUUAUGGAAGGAGUUAAGCCAAAAUUAUUAAGGGUUCUCAAAAUAUUAAAAUAUUUAUAUUAGGAAUGAUGUUCAAAUCUAUGAAGUUGGAAAAUACAUCAAUAAUCAGAGAAGAGGAACAUGAAAGUUUAU